UUCAGACCUGGCUGCCUAUAGUUCGCUGUCUUCACCAGCUAGGACAGUCUGUUGUGAACUGCCCCACUUCCAUCCACUUCCUGUCCUGAAAGAAUGGAUCCCCAAGGUUUGAGGGAAGAUCUCCGUCUGUUUCAAACCACUUUGCUGCAGGAUGGACUCAAAGAGCUUCUGAAUGAGAAUAAAUUGAUUGACUGUGUCCUAAAGAUUGGAGACCGAAGCAUCCCCUGCCAUCGACUCAUUCUGGCAGCUUGUAGUCCUUAUUUCCGGGAGCUGUACUUCUCAGAGGACGGCAAGGAAGCUGACAAAAAGGAGGUUGUUCUGGAGAACCUGGAUCCCGAUGUUAUGGAGGCAAUUGUAAAUUACAUGUACUCAACAGAGAUUGACAUCAACGAUAACAAUGUGCAGGAUAUUUUGGCCGUUGCCAAUCGCUUCCAGGUCCCCUCAGUGUUCACAGUUUGUGUGAAUUAUCUCCAGAAGAAGCUGUCGAAGAAAAACUGCCUUGCCAUCUACAGGCUGGGACUGAUGCUGAACUGCACCAGGCUGGCAAUGGCAGCUCGAGAUUACAUUGUAGAUCGGUUUGAGACCAUAGCCAUGGAUGAGGAUUUCCUAGAGCUUGCUCCACCUGAACUCUUUGCCAUUAUUGGAGCAGAUGCAUUGAAUGUAGAAAAAGAGGAGGCAGUGUUUGAGACCCUCAUGAGGUGGAUCAGGAAAGACAAAGAGAAGCGCAUUAAAUCCUUGGAACAGGCCUUUGAGUACAUUCGUUUCCGUUUACUGCCAGAGAAGUACUUCAAGGAAAAGGUGGAGAAGGAUGACCUUAUUAAGACUGACCCUGAGCUUCUCAAAAAAAUCAAAGUCAUAAAGGAAGCCUUCGCAGGGAAGCUGCCCGAGAAGGAAAAGGGACAAGAUGAUGAGGAGGGAGAGGAGGGAAAGUUGCCAGGCUAUCUAAACGAUAACCGCAGAUAUGGCAUGUACACCAAAGACAUGGUUCUGAUGAUCAAUGACACUGCGGCCGUGGCCUACGACACCCACGAGAACGAAUGUUUUCUUGCUGCAAUGGCAGAGCAGAUCCCCAGAAACCAUGUCAGUCUGAUAUCAAAGAAGAACAAUCUGUAUGUGUUGGGAGGACUGUUUGUAGAUGAAGAGGACAAAGAAAACCCAUUGCAGUGUUACUUCUACCAGUUGGACAGUCUCACUGCUGAAUGGAUUGCUCUGCCACCCAUGCCCUCCCCCAGGUGUUUGUUUGCUACAGGGGAAUUUGAAAAUCUCAUCUUUGUUGUAGCAGGAAAAGAUUUACAGUCCAACGAGUCUCAUGACACUGUUCUGUGCUAUGACACUGAAAAAAUGAAGUGGGCUGAAACAAAAAAGUUGCCCUUGAAAAUCCACGGCCACUGUGUGGUCUCUGAGAACGGGCUGGUGUACUGUAUUGGAGGAAAAACAGAUGACAAUAAAGCAACCAAUAAGAUGUUUGCAUACGACCACAAGAGGUCAGAGUGGAAGGAGGUGGCUUCCAUGAAGACACCCAGAUCGAUGUUUGCCGCAGUUAUCCAUAAAGGGAAGAUUGUUGUCACUGGGGGAGUCAAUGAAGAAGGCCUAACAGCGUCAUGUGAAGCCUAUGACUUUGGAACCAACAAGUGGUCACCCUUCACAGAGUUUCCCCAGGAGAGGAGUUCAGUCAACCUGGUCAGCUGUGGAGGGCUGUUGUACGCUAUAGGAGGCUUCGCCAUAAUGGAGAAUGAGGACAAAGAGUGUGCACCCAGUGAAAUCAUUGACAUUUGGCAGUAUGAAGAUGACAACAAACAGUGGACUGGCAUGAUUAAAGAGAUGCGUUACGCAGCUGGAGCCUCCUGUGUGUCCAUGCGUCUGAAUGCAGCCAGAAUGCCCAAACUGUAACAGUCCAGGGUCAAACAAGGGACUUCACUGCUAUAGGCAAGAAUAUUAUGUACAUGCUCUUAUUUAGUGGCUUGUUGUUGUCAUUUAACAUUUUAACAUAUCAGACACAUGUCCCCUUUGCCUGUUCUAUGAGUGUUUUAAUAAAAUGUAUCAUGGUUUAAAUUGGCUUAUGUCUCAUAAGUCAUCAGUGUCUAAACUUGAACAGCCACUGUUGUUUGGACCAGACAUUAUUGUUGAUUCUGAUUUUCUGAAACAUAUCACUUGUUGAGGAUUUCCCACCACCCAUUAAAUGAGUAAUUUACUGUUAACUAGUAAAGGUUUGCAUAGAAAUGAAUGUUUUCUUCUGUUAAUCUGGAAAUGUUCCUCUUCCAGUCAAUUACAUGUAUGUUGUAAUUCUUCAGUAUUAAAAUAUUAUCUCACAGACUGUUUGUAUCUGACACUUUAAAUCGGUUUGUUUUGAAGCAAGUUUUAACGUUCAUGACAAAUAUCCCUUUAAACAUUUUCAGACAGUACUGUUGUUGUUGUAUGAGGAAAGUAAAUAGUCAGAACAGAUUGGAUUAAACUAAAGGUUCCAUUAGAAUGAGAAAAGUGUUAAGGACUUAUUUUAUGACUGAAGAGCCUACAUAUGUCAUAUGUCACAUGGAGGUCCAAAAGACCGGGGAUAAAAUGUAGUCUUGGGAAAAUGUCCAAUUAUGUUCUUGUCAUUUCAAACCGGCUGAGGCUCACCAUAUUGACUUCACAGCUGUUAUUAACUGUUAUUUGCAAGCAAAAUGCAUGAUGACCAAAGUGUAAAAUGUAAUACCCUUAAUCUUCAGUUGUAAUAAAUUAUCUGAAACAAUA